GUCGGACGCAUGACGAAGCCAUCUACGAUUUCAUCCGCCUGUAUCAUGCGACAAUGGGGCAAUAUACGUCCCCCCUCCCAAAAACAUGUGGUCGGUUGUUGCUGAAAGGGGUUUUCUGAUGGGCCUUCCUCAGAGGCGCCAGUCUCUCCUGCUCCAUCUCUCGCUGCUGCAUGAAAAAUCGGCUGGCAAAACAAUCCAUGGGCAAGACUGGGCAUCUGUGAUGGAGUGUGCCAAUGCCCAAGCAUAUGUCAUGCCCCCCCACUUAUCGUUCUCAAGGGGAGACAGGUCCGUCCAUCAGGAGCUGGCUCCGCACUUGGAUGAGGAUGAUGAGAUGGUCCGCAUCGACCCAUACGGGCACACCAAUGAAAUGCAUCUGAUGCAAUGGCUGACCGAAAUUUUCAUACCGCAUGCAAAAGGUGGUGAUGAUUUAAUGCCUCCUACGAUGCGAACGCAGCUACUAUUGAUAGAGGGCUGGCAUAUUAUGGUCCCAUUCGACUUCUUUGUCACUUGCCCUGAACAGAACAUCAUACCCCUCUGCCCUCCCGGAAUAGCAUCACAAAAUGUCCAGCCGCUCGAUGUCGGUCUAUUCCCCUCGGUGCUUCGAGAAUACACUUCUAGGAUGUAUUCAACCCAACCCAGCUUCCCCCUCACAACGCUCACGAGGGAGGAAUUCAUCGAACAUUACGAAGCCUCGCGCCUUGAUAUGGGCGGACCCAGUCUCCUGGUAGGGUGGAUGGCAACCGGGCUUCGACCGUUUUCAUAGAACAAGACCGCCAGUAUAAAGUCGCCUACUGAAACGUUCCCGAAAUCAGCUGUUGUUUCGAUCUUGUGCGGAAUGGAUCCCCGGACACUUCAGCAGACGCUGCAGAUGCCCUCGUGGAGUAUCAUGAGGGCAAUCUCCAGACCACUGCCCGACUGCGCCGCGCCAUGCAGGGACUUGAAGUGAUGAGGGUAAAAAGCGCUCGCACGGGGUCGGAGUAGAUGUACCUUGCAUGAGAAGGGCUUGGAGUUUUGGAGUGGCGAAAAUGCGGG